GAAGACUGCGGAGUGAAGGGGGUGCCGUGUUUUUUCCCUCCCUUUCACUCCGCAGCAGCUUUCCCCUCUCAUCCAUAAACUCCAAGAAGAAGAAGAAUAAUCAAAGAAGAAGAAGACCCACUACCGAGCAGUGUCAUCCACAUUUGUGUACAUCAUUUAAUCCAAUGAAAAAAAUAAAAUGAAAAAAGAGUCUGUUUUUACACGCAUAAAUUUGAUCCAUUCGUGUUAUUGUUGUUUAAUAGAUUUUAUUUAAUUGUUAAGUGUAAACGUUAAUUCACAAUGAGCGCCCAAGAAUCCAAUAUUAGUACUUCAUCUACCAGCGCUGCAACCCAAAAUACUGUGGGAAAUAGUCCCACAUCAAAACGUCAACUGUCCAGAUUUCAUCCGUAUCAUGGGGCAAAUAUCAUUCUUUGUGAUGAUAAUACCGUAGCAUUCCGUAAAGCAAGUUUUGCUGAUGCAGUUACAUUUUCCGAGAAGCCACUACAGAUGGGUGAAAUAUUUUUGGUGGAAAUUGAGAAAAAUGAACGCGGUUGGUCUGGUCACAUGCGUCUUGGGUUGACGCAACUGGUUCCCGAUGUCUUGGGAUCAAUGGAAGACGGUUUGCCACAAUUCGCAUUGCCGGAUUUGGCAAAUUUGGGUACCUGUUGGAUUUAUCCAAUUUCGAAAUUUGAAUCGCAUACACUAGCACCAAGAUCAAGUGUGGGUGAUGUUGGUGGAGGUGGGGGAAUUGGAGAUGGUGGCGGCAUGUCAGAUACAACAAACGAUGGACAACCAUCAACAAGUUCAGCGGGUGCCGUUAAAAGCAGCAUUUUAGGCGAAUCCAUGUAUGUACGCACACCAAGAGGCAUGAUUCCUAAACGUUUGUUAAGACCUUCAGCUGCCGAUGGCAUAUUGCUGACCGAUAAAGGAUCACGCAUUGGCGUUGUAUUCAUACCAACCGAAAAUGACAAAACAAAAGGGGAAAUGCACUUCAUUAUAAAUGGUAUUGAUCAGGGGCCUUGCACCAAGGAUAUACCAUUGGAUAAAGCUCCUCCUUUGCAUGUGGUCAUAGAUGUGUAUGGUACAACAAAACAAAUACGUAUCAUACAACUGUAUGGCAUUGUUUCCCUGCAAAAUGCUUGCCGUGAUGCUAUUCUCCUGAAUAUGAAGCCGCAAAAUAUUGACAAAUUGCCAUUGCCAGAACGUCUAAAGAAUUUCCUUAAAGGUCAAGACUAGGUCAGUGUAUAAAUCUUAUGUUUAUACUAAACAAAGGAAGAAAAAUAUUAAACUGAUAACACAAAACAAUAAAGUUACAAAAUGCAAAAAAUAGGAAAUAUAAAAACAGCACACCUUAAAAAUGGUAUAAAACUAAAUUAAAAAUUUCCUUAUUAGUUCUAAAAUAAGUUAUGAAACUCCUUUUAAUAAAAAAAACAAAGACUUUUUCCUCUUCCUACUACCUAUGUUAUAUAAUUAAUUAUCUAUAAUUCGCACAAACUAAAAACAAUUCAUCAUUUUAAGUUUAAUUCUAGAAAUUGUAAACUCAACCAACUACAAAAUGUAUUAUUUACUUAUGUUUUUUUUUUUUUAAAUAAUUUCAUAAUCGCACUUGCAAUAAAAACAAGCACAUAGGUUAGCACACAGAGAUUGCUAAGUGCAUGUUCGGCUUGUUUAAAGCAAAAAGAAAACUUCGUUUUAAAGUUAAUGGAUACGAAUUAACAUUUGUUGUUGCUAGGCUAUAAUAAAAAAAGUAGCAUGUUAAACAGGUGUUUAAUAACGAUAACGUUGAAUGGACAAAUGAACAAUUAAUUUUGUUUAAAAACCAAAUGUUACAACAAACAAGCAACCAAUAAAGAGGAUGCCACCAUUGUUUUGUUAUGCAUAUAUACCAUUAAUCCAUAUUACUACAUGGCCGUUUAAGCAUUUAAGGUGGUAAUUGUUUGUUUCUCUUUAUUUGAAAUGAAGGAUGUAUGUUACCACAAACAAUUAUUAAAUUGUAAAAUUUAUGAAAACUAAAAUGAGAAAUUAGAAUGAUAGGAUUUAUCUAAAACUAAGUUUGUAUGGCCAAUUAAGAAUUAUGUACUGUAUAACUUCUUUAGAAUCUCCCUUCUUUACUUUUGUUCAUUUUGAACUUUUCCUUUACAUAAUAUUUUAAUUGAAUAAUUUUGUACGUAUUUGUAAGACUAUUAGAAUGUACAUUCCAUUACAAUUAUAAUUUUAUAUUCU